AAAAAUUCUGAAGAGUUAGAUGAGUGUUUCAAAACAUUAUAUGAUGUUGCUGAUGAUGUUGACUAUAUAGAUGCUAUUGCAAGGAUUUACAAUGAAGAACAGCACCACUACAAUGUAUUGAGCUUUGUGGAGAUUAGCCAAAAACCAUCAUUGCCUUCUACUCAAACUAAAGUUAAUAGUGUGAGUGAGCAAUCCAAGUUUAGUUUAUUAAUGUGA